UAAAUCUUUGUGUUAGUUGUCCAAAGCUUGAGGCUGAGGUUUGUUAGUGUGUAAAAGUUUGGGAGCCGAAUAUUAACGUGGUAAAGAUGGUGGAUAAAUUUGUGGGAACAUGGAAGAUGGUUUCCAGCGAUAAUUUUGACGAAUACAUGAAGGCACUGGGUGUGGGUUUUGCCACUCGUCAGGUAGGAAACCGGACCAAGCCCAACUUCAUCCUGAGCGUGGAUGACCAAGGACAGAUAUGUAUGAAGUCGCAGAGCACUUUUAAAACUACUGAGGUCAAAUUUAAGCUCAACGAGACAUUUGAGGAGACCACUGCUGACGACAGAAAGACCUCGACCGUGGUGAGCCUUGAGAAUGGCAAACUGGUGCAAAAACAGACCUGGGAUGGCAAAGAGACUACACUAGAGAGAGAAGUGACUGAUGGGAAAUUAAUAGCGACAUGCAAAAUGGGAGACGUGGUGGCGGUGAGGACGUAUGUAAAAGAGCCAUGAUUAAAUGAUCCUGGCUUGAUUUUGGAAAUGCCUGGCUCAGUUCAAUGAGCAGUCAGUUUUCUCGUUUUCUCGUAUUCAUUUUUUUUGACACCAAAGCUGUCAAGGUUGCAUGCAGCAUAUUUCUGGAUGCAUUGAAAUGAAUCAUUGUGGUGUGUUGAAUAAAAUUUUGAUCACA